AUGGAAAAUGGUAUUCCAGCGUAUAAAUCAGAAUUUUUGAAAAGGAUUGAGUUAAGUUUAAAAGAAAAAGAAAUCGAGCAUACCCGACAAGUUUCGUUUUCAAAGACUUUUAAAGAUUUAUUUGAAGUCCAAAGAAAUUCAGGCCAUGUUCUACAUAAUAAAGCAGAACUUCCAAGGCAUAUGAGUACACCUAGAAAUAUGACAUUUAAAGAACUGCCAUCAAGAAUUAGGCAGAGAGAUAGUCCAAGAGUUAUCAAAAGCUUUGCAAAAAUCUUUUCCCCGAAUAAAUUGGAAAUAAAGACAGAGAGGUCUUUAUUAUUGAAUUCAUCAUUAACGAAAGUUAGCUUCGGUAAGAUGACUCCUCAAUUUUCAGAUGAAGGAAAAGAGCCUUCAAUUCACUUAUCUCCAAGGAAAUUUAAAAUUGUGAAUUUUGAUAUUAUUUCAGAUCAUACGAGUAGAAGUUCAAAGUCAAUUAUCAAAGAAAGGCAUCAGAUAAACUCUCCGAGAUAUCAUGUUAGAUUACCAAAAUUGAGCGGAAUCUCUCCACGAUUGAGAAUGAAAAACUUAUAA